AUGGGUAAUGAAAGUAAGAUUACAGAGAAUAAUAAGAAGAAAAAUGGUUCUUUUCGGUCCAUAUUCAUGCAUGCUGAUAGUUACGAUGCCGUGUUGAUGAGUUUAGGGUUGUUGGGAGCCAUUGGUGAUGGAAUUUUAUUGCCGGUUAUGUUUUUAGUCACUAGCAAAAUCAUGAACACUUUUGGCAGUGCAACCACAUCACUCACUCAAGAUUUCACUCAACGGGUUAACGAGAAUGCAGUGCUUUUGUGUUACAUGGCUUGUGGACAAUGGGUUGCUUGUUUUCUUGAGGGAUAUUGCUGGACAAGAACAGGAGAGAGGCAAGCUUCAAGAUUAAGAACAAGAUAUUUAAAAGCAGUGAUGAGGCAAGAUGUGGGCUACUUUGAUUUGCAUGUUACCAGCACUGUCGAGGUUAUUACAAGUGUCUCUAGUGAUAGUCUUGUCAUUCAAGAUGUCAUUAGUGAAAAGGUUCCAGUCUUUGUGAUGAACUUGUCAACUUUCAUUAGUUCCUACAUAGUGGGACUCGCAAUGCUUUGGAGGCUAGCUAUUGUAGGAUUCCCCUUCGUCGUACUUCUCAUCAUUCCAGGUUUAAUGUACGGAAGGGCUCUCAUGAGCAUUGCAGGAAGGAUCAGGGACGAGUACAAUAAAGCUAGUACAGUAGUUGAACAAGCAAUUUCUUCAGUUCGGACAGUUUAUUCUUUUGUUGGAGAAAGCAAGACAAUUGCUGAAUACUCUGCUGCUCUUCAAGAGACUGUGAAUUUGGGAUUAAAACAAGGUUUAGCUAAAGGAUUGGCUAUUGGAAGUAAUGGUGUGGUGUUUGCAAUUUGGUCAUUCAUGUGUUAUUAUGGUAGCAGAAUGGUUAUGUAUCAUGGGGCUCAGGGUGGAACAGUUUUUAUAGUCUGUGCGGCCAUCAUCGUCGGCGGAUUAGCAUUGGGUUCUAGUUUAUCAAACCUAAAGCACUUCUCGGAAGCAAGUGCAGCAGGCGAACGCAUAAUGGAAGUCAUAAAAAGAGUACCCAAAAUCGAUUCAGAGAAUUUAGAAGGCCAAAUCCUCCACAAGGUUUCCGGGGAAGUCGAAUUCAAACACGUAGAAUUCGCAUACCCCUCAAGGCCUGAAAGCACAAUUUUGCAAGAUUUCAGUCUGAAAAUCCCAGCAGGAAAAACAGUAGCAUUGGUUGGAGGAAGUGGGUCUGGAAAAUCAACGGUAAUUGCCCUUCUGCAGAGAUUUUAUGAUCCUUUAGGAGGUGAAAUUUUGCUUGAUGGUGUCAAAAUUGAUAAAUUGCAAUUGAAGUGGCUGAGAUCACAAAUGGGUUUGGUGAGUCAGGAGCCGGCACUGUUUGCUACUUCUAUAAAAGAGAAUAUACUUUUUGGGAAAGAAGAUGCACCCAUGGAAGAGGUUAUUGAAUCUGCCAAAGCUUCAAAUGCUCAUAAUUUUAUUUCCCAGUUGCCUCAAGGUUAUGAUACCCAGGUGGGUGAGAGAGGAAUACAGAUGUCUGGGGGGCAAAAGCAGAGAAUAGCAAUAGCCAGAGCUGUGAUUAAGGCACCAAAAAUUCUAUUGCUAGAUGAGGCCACCAGCGCAUUGGACUCGGAAUCAGAGCGAGUGGUCCAGGAAGCAUUGGAUAUGGCAGCCAUGGGUCGGACAACCAUCAUCAUAGCCCACCGCCUCUCAACUAUCAGAAAUGCUGACCUCAUUGCAGUAGUGCAUAACGGUCAGGUCAUGGAAAUGGGCUCACAUGAUGAGCUUAUUGAAGAUGAACAUGGCUUAUACACGUCUCUUGUCCGGCUUCAACAGACUGAGAAAAGUGCAGAAUGUACAAGUGCUAAUUAUAUUAUUGCUUCGACAUCCAUUCCAAAUGCUGAUAUUCACAACACUAGUAGUCGAAGACUAUCAAUUGUGAGUCGGUCCAGUUCAGCUAAUUCAGUUGCACCGAGUCGAGGAUUAGAAACUGCACCAGUUUCUAGUGAUCAAGUUGUUGCAGUACCUUCAUUUAGAAGACUACUAGCUAUGAAUCUGCCAGAAUGGAGGCAAGCUAUAUUAGGGUGUACAAGUGCAGUAUUAUUUGGUGCAGUUCAGCCAGUGUAUGCAUUUGCAUUGGGGUCAAUGAUCUCAGUGUAUUUUCUACCGAAUCAUAGUGCGAUUCAGGAGAGAACAACAACAUAUGCCUUCUUUUUUCUUGGACUAGCUAUUUUCUCACUCUUGAUCAAUAUAUGCCAGCAUUAUAAUUUUGCAGCCAUGGGGGAGUACUUGACAAAAAGAAUCAGAGAGAGAAUGCUUUCAAAAAUGCUCACUUUUGAAAUCGGGUGGUUUGAUCAGGAUGAGAAUGCCACUGGUGCUGUUUGCUCAAGACUAGCCAAAGAUGCCAAUGUGGUAAGGUCUUUGGUAGGUGAUCGGAUGGCAUUGCUCAUUCAAACUUUCUCUGCAGUGACCGUUGCUUGCACAAUGGGCCUGGUUAUUGCAUGGAAGCUCGCACUGGUAAUGAUUGCCGUGCAACCACUUAUUGUAAUCUGUUACUAUUGCAAGCGUGUCCUUCUGAAAAACAUGUCCCAAAAGGCCAUUAAAGCUCAAGAUGAAAGUAGCAAGCUUGCAGCUGAAGCUGUAUCUAAUCUCAGAACAGUUACAGCCUUUUCGUCCCAAGCCCGAAUUCUCCAAAUGCUCGAGAAAGCCCAAGAAGGCCCACAAAAGGAAAGCAUUCGACAGUCGUGGUUUGCUGGAAUUGGACUUGGUACCUCUCAGAGCCUAAUGACUUGCACUUGGGCUUUAGAUUUUUGGUAUGGUGGCAAACUCAUUGCAGAAGGCUUCAUAGGAGCCAAAGAACUAUUCCAGACUUAUAUGAUUUUGGUGAGCACAGGCCGUGUCAUUGCUGAUGCUGGGAGUAUGACAAAUGAUCUAGCCAAAGGUUCUGUUGCAGUUGGAUCAGUAUUUACAGUAUUGGAUAGAUAUUCAUUAAUUGAACCUGAAGAUCCAGAGGGGUACAAGCCAGAUAAGUUAACUGGUCAUGUUGAACUGCGUGGCGUUGAUUUUGCCUACCCUGCCAGGCCUGAUGUGAUGCUCUUUUUAGGCUUUUCGAUUAACAUCGAGGCAGGAAAUUCAACUGCACUGGUAGGACAAAGUGGCUCUGGGAAAUCAACUAUUAUAGGCUUGAUUGAAAGAUUUUAUGAUCCACUUAAAGGUGUAGUGAAGAUCGAUGGGCGAGAUAUCAGGUCAUAUCACUUAAGAUCGCUCAGGAAGCACAUUGCACUCGUUAGCCAGGAGCCAACUUUAUUUGCUGGUACUAUACGUCAAAACAUUAUGUACGGCGCGUCAGAAGACAUUGAUGAAUCAGAAGUUGUUGAGGCAGCAAAGACAGCAAAUGCUCAUGACUUCAUUACUGGUCUGAAGGAUGGAUAUGACACGUGGUGUGGUGACAAAGGGCUGCAGCUAUCUGGCGGCCAGAAGCAAAGAAUCGCGAUAGCUCGUGCCAUCCUAAAAAGUCCAGCCAUUUUGUUAUUAGAUGAGGCAACCAGUGCCCUCGACAGUCAGUCGGAGAAAGUUGUGCAAGAUGCCCUCGAGCGUGUGAUGGUUGGAAGGACAAGUGUAGUUGUGGCACAUCGGCUAAGUACUAUACAGAACUGUGACAUGAUUGCUGUUUUGGGCAAAGGAAAGGUAGUCGAAAAGGGUUCUCACUCUUCAUUGUUGGCUAAAGGACCAACCGGGGCAUACUAUUCAUUAGUUAGUCUUCAAAGAACGCCCAACAACAUUGAAAUCAACUAA